UCGUUUGACCACAGGAUGUUAGGUAUCCUGUAACUUUCCCUAGUAUUCUGUUUCGUUGAUAAACUCCUCUGAAAAUGAGGGAAGUGGUAUGUAGAAGAGGCUGAAAUCUUCGCGCCUCAAUCAUCCGCUGUUUCAUUCCGUUUUUAAAUUGCUUUGCCCAAGCACGAACAUGGCGGGUGGUUUAAGUCUUUACUUAAUUUUAUUUUUUGUCGUUCUGACAGGUGUUGUGGCUUAUCACUUCGAUAACGAUAAUAUAAUAUUGUACAAGAAUGUUUUGGACUCUUCAGAAUCUCGUGCAAGCUACUUUGGAUUUUCGACAGCUCUUUGGAAUCCUGGUGAAUCAAGUCCAACAUGGUUAUUCAUCGGAUCACCAAGAGCUAAUUCAUCCGCAUAUCCUGGCGUUAACGAGCCUGGAACUAUUUUCAAAUGCAAAAUUGGUGAACCGUGCAAAGAAUGGAUUUUACAAUCUAGAAACAGCAAAAGUGCACCUACGCCAGGCUCGUGGCUUGGCGGUGCCAUGAGCAUAGAAAACAAAGUCAUACCACGACUGGUGAUUUGUGGCCAUAGAUGGAUGGAAUACAACAAUCAACUAACUUCGCUGUGGCUCAUGAAAGGCAUGUGUUACGAAGCUAAGGCUGACAGGAAUUCAGUCAAUGGAAGUGCAGUAGGAGUGUCUGUAAACCCACUUCGCAACACUGAGGUAGUAUAUACUGUACCAAACAUGACCACCAGUAACAUGAAUUUUGGAUUUGGGGAAUCCGGAUUCUCUAUCCAUAUCACAGAGAACAAAGAUGCGCUUGAAUAUAUUUUGGGUUGCCCUGAAGUUUGGGUUGGACAGGGGACACCAAUUAUCCACAAGGGUAUAAUUGGGCAAAAAAAACGUUUUAUCAUACCGGACCCCAAAAAGGAUUUUACAGUGGAGAGCUCCGAUCAUUCGGGGUACGCUGUAACUUCCGGAAAUUAUUUUAUACCGAAAACACGUAGAUAUGUGUCAGGUGCACCAAGGAGUGAAGGAUUUCUGGGAAAAAUUAUUGUAUUUGACUUUCCUGAAGAGGAUAUGGGUCCCAUAAAAGUUUACAACAAUCUUACUAAGGGAGAUCAAGUUGGUGGAUAUUUUGGAGCUGCCUUAGCUUCCUGCGAUGUCGAUGGCGAUGGACGAGACAACUUGAUCGUAGGUGCUCCACAGUGGUCAAAGUAUUUGGACGAAGGACGAAUUUAUGUCUACAAAGGCGAGAGUAAGGAUAACUUCGUGCUACUGCAACACUUCGAAGGAGAGACCAAAUAUGGAAGAUUCGGUAGCACGAUCACCUGCUUAGGUGAUAUUGACCACGAUGGUUAUGCAGAUAUUGCAGUAGGAGCUCCGUACAGUGGUAACGGUGUUGUCUAUAUUUUUCAUGGUGGCAAAGGUGGCUUAAAAAGAAGCCAAAAGAUCCCUGGUCCUGAAGAUACCAGCGGAUUUGGUAUUUCAAUUUCCGAGCCACGUGACAUUGACAAUAACGGAUAUGCCGAUAUCGCAAUUGGUGCUCAUUUAUCGGGCCAUGUCACUUUGGUAAGAUCCAAACGUGUCGUUUCUUUGAACGUUAAAAUGCACACCGACUUGCCAGAGGAAACACUCGAGCGGAGCGGAGCAGAUCCUUUUGGAUUGUUUGUAUGUUCUUUUUACAAUGGGACGGAUCUACCGAAACAACUGGACGUCAUUACUCAAUUGCGAAUUGACGAAGGACAUCGAAGAGCAAGACUCUCGAUCUCAGGAGGAAUUCGAAGAUUCUACAAGUUUUCAACAACGCUUAAUCUUGGCCAAACAACGUGCGAAAAUUUCACAAUAAUUUUAGAGACUAACAUCGGGGAUUUUCUCAACCCAUUACGGCUCUCGGUUACUCAACGUUUAGGCACGAGUAACUAUUCCGAAACGCUGAUUGUUACCAGAAAUGACAAAAUUGGAAAGGACAACUUUAACAAAUCCUCAGCUGUUUUGAGCGGCUCUCUCUCAGAGGUCAGAAAUGCUCUGACAAUUCCAUUUAAACAAAUUUGCGGCUCCGACGAUAUUUGCCAUUCAAAUUUGACAAUUUAUAUGUCGACUGAUUUGGGAAGUAAUAAUUCUUACAUCAUUGGUUCCACUCCGUACAUAUCGCUUGUUGUUGGCGUUUCGAAUACUGGCGAGGAUGCUUACAAUACCAGAGUAGUUAUCUAUAUUCCAGACUAUAUUCGACUUCGUCGCAUGCCAAAUACAUGUACCAGAAAUGAAAUGAAUAUGUUGAACGUAGUUACAUGUGAGAUUGAUAAUCCAUUGGCUGCAGGCGUCAUGAAAAAUGUCAGCAUAGAUCUAGAUGUGUCUGAGUUGGAGUCUGACUAUUUCAGAAAAAUAGAUUUGGAGGCAAUCGCGAAGACGCAGAGUAUGAACGAGGAGCAUAAAGCUCACCUUGUAAUUGAUGGUGUGAUAGAAGCAGAUUUUGGUAUCACAGGAAAAGCCGAUGUGGAUUGGUACUCGUAUGCUCUUAAAGGGAAAGAUGAUGAACCGUUACCGAAAAUAUUAUUCCAGCACUCAUUUGAGAUUAAAAAUCACGAGGUAUCUCCGAUAACUGAAGCGCUGCUUAGUCUUUCCAUACCAACACAUUGGAUACACAAGGAUCGUGAAAUUGAAAUAGUGAGACUGAAUAAAACGACCAGGCAACUCGAUGGGACAGACUUCGAUUGCUACGAGCAAAACGCUAAUGAUAUUCAGAGUACAUCGCGUCUGGAUGCAACUACAAUGCCGGAAUGGUUAACGAGUAGUCGUAAUACGUCGCAAUCGUUGAUGCAGACUGAAAAAAAAUUUACAAUUAUCGAUGGUAAAGUAUUGGCAGCAUCUCCGGACAACAGAACUCUGUACAUUAACACUACUAAUCCUUCGGUCAAGUGGAGUACGAUAAAUUGUUUGGCAGGGCGAUUUAUUAACUCACAAUCCGUGGCCAAAGUUAUUCUGGAAUUGGAACUUCUUUUGGAAAAUUUAAUACCUGAAAUAAUUGAAGACAAAGACAUUAUAUUUGUUGUGACUAAUGGAAGUACGAGAAUUAUAAUGCCAUCAAAUUUAAUUCAAACUGCCAAUAAUGCGCCCGAUUGUGCAAUGACUGGUACGAUGUUCAUUGGAUCGAGACUAGAACGUCAAGUGGCUUCAUGGGUCAUAGGGACUUCAGUUGGCGUCGGGAUAUUACUUCUGAUAUUAGUCGUUAUUGCGCUAUUCAAAUUUGGUUUCUUCAGAAGAAGCAAAAAAAUGGAACUCCAGGCGUUGAAGAAAAGUGAAAAGAAUAUGGAGCCCAAAGUCCUUCUAGAGACCAACUCAUCCAGAGAAUUUUUGGACCUUAGUUAAAUUGACAAAAACGAGAAACAAGUAAAAAUAAAAUUUUAAGUAUGUACAUAACCAUAUUGCGUGUCUAAUGAUGCUAAAAAGGCCUAAACUAAAAAGUCUUUUUUUGGUACUAGAAGAGUAUAAUUUUCGAUAGUUUGCUAUCCGCUAUAGGUUCAAAAAAAGAUGAUCAAUGAAUAACGAAGACGAAAAUUUGGAGAAAACAAGCGGAAAUAAGGGGCACAUAGAAUUUUUAAGUAUCAACGAGAAAUGAAUUUUUGGCGUUUUUACCUUAAGUUAUUUUGAUGGUAUUAAAAUCAUGAUAUUUAAAUCAUCCAGUAAAAA